UUGAUUACAGACACCUGUUGCGCCAGUCCUCAAGCGCAUCAAGAAGCGCAAAGAGCCUGAAGACUUCACGUCCGACACCACGGGCCAGGACGCGGGACCUUCGUCCAAUAAAGGCAAAAAGAUGAAGAGUAACGGCGACAAGCCGCCGGAGCGCAGGUCGAAGAACACGGCAGUGUACGUGACGGGCCUGCCUUCAGACGCGGACCAAGACGAGAUUAUGGAGCGUUUCAGCAAAUGUGGGCUCAUCGAGGAGGACGACAAGGGCGAACCGAAGAUUAAGAUGUAUGCGCGCGAGGACGGGUCAUUCAGCGGCGAAGUCCUCAUCGUGUACUUCAAGGAGGAGAGCGUGAUGCUCGCGGAAAGUAUCCUGGACGAUGCGGAGCUGAGACUCGGGGAGUCCUCGACGCGCAUGCGCGUGCAGAAGGCGGAUUUCUCGCAUAAGCACGAAUCGGGAAGUGUGGAGGGAAGUGUAGACGCGAGACUCCGGAAGACGGUCGACAAGAAGAAGGCAACGAAGAGAAUCGGGAAGAUGGUGAAGUGAGUGUAAUGCUUGUUUGGCCUCUGGCCGUCGGUCUCACUGCAACGCCAGGAAGCUACGCGAAUGGGAUGAUGAAGACGGUUUCGGCCCUUCCAUCACGGAUGACGAUAAGUCUCACGCAGCGAACCAGAUGAGUCGCGUUGUUGUGCUUAAGCGCAUGUUCACUCUGAGAGAGCUUGAAGAGGACGCAUCCUUGCUUCUUGACUUGAAGGAGGAUGUCCGAGAAGAAUCCGAGACUUUGGGCGAAGUGACAAACGUUGUGCUGUACGAUGUGCGUACCCUCUCG